AUGGCGAACGGAGAAGAAGAAGAAGAAGAUGAGGAGGACUACCUGACCAUGUCCUUCGAAGACCCCCAACCCACCAAAUCCUCCUCCAUCCAACGCACCGCCCGCCUAAAAAAAGAAGCAGCCGAACGCGGCCGCGUCCCCUCCCGGAAAGAACGCGAAGCAGCAGCAGCGGAAGCCCGCGAGAAAGCUCUCGCCACCUCACUCCUGGAAACCGAAAAUGCCGCCCAGUCCAAAGGCGCCAAGAUGAUGGCGAAGAUGGGCUACGUGUCGGGCUCGGCCCUGGGGAAAGCCGAAGAUGCGCGCACGCGGCCGAUCGAGGUGCAGAUGAAGGAUGACCGCGGCGGGAUCGGGAUGGAAAGCGAGAAGAAGAGGAAGGUCCGCGAGGCGGCGGAGGCGAUGCGCGCGAGUGAGAAGAAGGUGAAAUUAUCCGCCGAGGAGUACAGGGAGAGGAAUAUGCGGGAGCGAGAGGAGCGGAGGGCGGAGAGUCAGUGGUGGAGUGCGAUGAAGCUGUUGCAAGGGUUUGAUGAGGAGCAAGAAGAAGCAGAAGAGGCAGGGACCGUGGAGGGCGGCGCGAAAGAGAAACAAAACAGGCACAGGCACAGCGCCCGCAAACCCCUCCGCAGUAUCUCCAUCUUCUACCGCCCGCUCGUCAAAGCCCGCCUGGAAACCGAGCGGGACCGGCGCAUGCGCAGCGAACUAUCGCAAUCCCUCUCGCGACGGGCAUAUUACGACAAGCCUAACAACAACGAAGACGACGAAGACGGAGCCUCAGACGACCACCUCGCGCUCCCAACACCAGCUGUCGUAGAAGAAGAAGACCUCGACCAAGAAGACGCCGAACUCGAAGAAUGGGAAGCCCUGCCCUUCGCGGACCGCCUGCAGCGGAUUUUGUCGCAUUUGCGGGAGAGGUAUCACUACUGCUUCUGGUGCAAGUUUCGCUAUCCCGAUGCAGGGUUGGAAGGCUGUCCGGGGCUGACGGAAGAUGAACACGGAUGA